AUGUUCCCUUUCUCCUCCUUGCAAGUCGAGUAUAGCAAUUUCCACCGUUCAUCACAAAUCAUGUCGAACGCCCUGAGCAUGAGCAACUCCGGCUUUCCGCACUCGUGGAUCGUCUCUGGGCAGGACUUCUGCCCGAUCACGUACUCCUCCAUCCAGGGUCACAACACGGGCGUUGCGAGCAACCUGGCGACGGUCGAGCCCGGCCUGAUUGAGCUGCGGAAGGAGAAGUCACGCGAUGCGGCCAGGUCACGCCGGGGAAAGGAGAAUUACGAGUUCUACGAGCUGGCGAAGAUGUUGCCUCUACCAGCGGCCAUCACUAGUCAGCUUGACAAGGCCUCCAUCAUUCGGCUGACAAUCAGCUACCUGAAGCUGAAGGAGUUCAGCGAAAAUGGUGUGCCGUCCUGGUGCAAGGAACCACUCGGUUUCCAGAGCUACAACGCACCGCAGUACUUCAACGAGAUGUUCGAGACACACCUCGGGACGCACAUCCUGCAGUCGUUGGACGGGUUCGCCAUUUCGACUGGGGUGGAUGGACGCUUCCUGUACAUCUCUGAGACGGUUUCCAUCUACCUUGGAUUGUCGCAGGUUGAGAUGACGGGCAGUAGUAUCUUCGAUUACGUGCACAAGAGCGACCAUGGUGAGGUAGAGCAGCAGUUGGGGAUCAAGAAAGGCGCAGAAUACGCGGCAUAUGGCGGGUAUGGUGAUGAACCACCAGAGAAAUCUACUGUGCUGAAGCUCGGCAAGGAUGCGCCAGGUACUAAGGGCCUGUUGCCGGGUGAGUCGUAUGAGGGCGAUGACCGGGCGUUCUGCAUUCGCAUGAAGUCAACGCUCACCAAACGUGGCUGUCACUUCAAGUCAUCUGGCUACAGAGUGAUUCUGCUCCUGUGUCACCUUCGCAAGAAGGGUCCAGCGGCGGUGGGUCAGGGUGUCGGUGUAGGGGCAGAUGAGUCAUCGCAUGGUGACAAGCAGACGGUGAUCGGGAUGGUGGGGAUCGGUAUUGCACUGCCUCCACCGUCUCUGCACGAGAUCAAGCUCGAAUCGGAUAUGUUCGUCUUCCGGACCAGCCUCGACCUCACAAUCAUUCACUGCGAGAACAGGAUUUCCAGCUUUCUGGAUUACACUGCUGACGAGCUGAAUGGCAAGAGUAUUUACACCCUGUGCCAUGGACAGGACGCACAUAAGCUCAAGAAGAGCCACAGUGAGCUCAUCCAGAAGGGCCAGGUGUUGACACCAUUCUACCGCAUACUGAACAAGAACGCGGGCUACUUCUGGAUUCAGUCCUGCUGCACGAUGGUUUGCCAGACGAAGAAUAUGAACGAUCAGACGGUGAUCUGUGUCAACUACAUCAUUACGAAGCCCGAGAAGGAGAACCUGAUUUUGGACAUCUCGCAGAUCCCGUCGGCGGCAGGUGUAUUGGGUGACUACUCGCACCACGGGAAGCCACCUGGCGGUCCAAAGAAGCCUCCUCCGUCGUCGUCAGCUGAGUAUGAGCUGGAUGGAGGUGUUGGAGCGUCACACCACUCAACACACGGUGGAGCCGCAGAUGGAUACCACCUGGAUGGAACCGGCCACGUCGAUCACAAGGAACUACUGGAGAAGUCCGGUCUCGGAAAGAAUGCUUACGGUUCGGAUAAGGUAGGAUCUCUGGCGAUGCCAUAUGGAACUCCUAACGACAAGAAGGACAUUGACUAUAAGGACAAACUGAUGGAACGUGAGAAGGGUUGCAGCAACAGCAAGCAUCAGCGGCUCAAGAGCGGUAGCCCGAUGAUGGGUUUGUCAACCGAGAACGGCACGCUGGAGAAGAAGACGACAGGUGGCAAGAAGAGUGUCAACAACCGGGCCAGCGUUAUCCGCGUGCUGAGCAAACCGUCCAAGAAGGUGUUGCAGGAGUCACACUAGGACACCCUGUACGAUCAACCCUACUAAGGGACGAACCUACCAUUCGGGGACAUCGAGUCAACGAUCCAGCUUCUGCAAUCAACCACUCAAUCGAGCGAACUCCCGCUUUCUUUCAAUGCCACAAACAGACACACCAGCACGGUUAAGUU